AAUCUACCAAGGUAGGUACCUAUAAAUCAACAAAUUGUCUCAUUUAUUUGCCCUCGUCAAUUGAUCACCAAAAUGUCUUCAUCUAUGAGCGAGGCGGAAGCACAAUGGCGGGAACAGUUUGCUACUAUGAAGGCUGCCCUAGCAGACUUAAAACUUCCAGGAAAGAAUCGGUCUAUCGAAUCUGAGCUUAAUCUAGACUUCGACCUAGACGAUGAGGAUUUCACUUCUGGAAAUAGCGGCGACGAUGUCUGGGAUUUCAUAGAUGACAGCGAAGAAGAUUUAUAUAGCAGCGAUUUCAUCGAAGAAGCCAAUGGACAACCCGGUGACGGUCAAUAUGGGCCAACUUGGUUUUCAGAACAGUGCUCUGUUAUUGCCUCUAAGAAGAACGGAUUAUCCCCCGACGCAUUUCAAACCCAAGUCUUGGAGGUAUUGAACUCUCAACGAUCCGAGGACGAAUUACAGUCUCAACUUGCCGAUAUCGUCGGGUUCGAUGAUUUCGAAUUUAUCAUUGAAUUACUAUCUCAUAGGCAUGAAAUUACCUCAAGUUUCGCUGCUCAGGAAACAAUUAGGCCGACUGGCCGACUUCUAACUAAAGCUGAGAGAGAUGAGGCUCUUCGACAAAAGGAUCUGGAACAUAAGAGUGCUACUCUGGCUCCUAGCAUGCAUAAAGAGAUACAAUAUCCUCACGUAUACAAGGCGUACAAUGCUGGAAAUACGUUGAGCCACACAGGGGCCCAGUAUGGUAUGCCAGUUGGCACAGAAAGAAAGGAGAAGGAGAAAUACGAGGAGUUUGUUGUCCCAGCAGGGAAAACCGGUAAACUUCUCCCUGGUCAUAAGCUUAUCAAUAUCGCCGACAUGGAUGGACUUUGUCGAAGAACAUUCAAGGGGUACAAAUCAUUGAACAGGAUGCAAAGUCUGGUCUAUCCAGUAGCAUACAAGACUAGCGAGAACAUGUUAAUCUGCGCCCCUACCGGUGCGGGUAAGACAGAUGCAGCUAUGUUGACAAUUUUGCAAACAAUUGGUCAAUAUGUCACACCCAAUCCGAUCGAAAAUAUGGAGGCGACGGAUUUUGGCGUCGAUACCCAGGACUUCAAAAUCGUGUACGUUGCUCCGAUGAAGGCCUUGGCUGCCGAAAUCACCGGAAAGUUAGGGAAGCGUCUCGCCUGGCUUGGCAUUCAAUGUCGCGAGUAUACGGGAGAUAUGCAUCUCACCAAAUCCGAAAUCGUGCAAACGCAGAUAAUUGUUACCACGCCCGAAAAAUGGGAUGUUGUUACAAGGAAGGGUACUGGAGAUACUGAGCUUGUGCAGAAAGUUAGGCUGCUCAUUAUUGAUGAAGUCCAUAUGCUUCACGAUGAGCGAGGUGCGGUGUUGGAGUCUUUGGUGGCACGAACGGAACGGCAGGUUGAGAGCACACAGUCCCUGAUCCGUAUUGUCGGACUCAGUGCCACCCUCCCAAAUUACGUCGAUGUCGCCGACUUCCUCAAAGUUAACAGAUAUGCCGGGCUUUUCUACUUUGAUGCCUCCUUUCGCCCAGUCCCUCUUGAGCAACAUUUCGUUGGAGUCAAGGGUAAACCCGGUUCAAAAAUAUCUAGAGAGAAUCUUGACACGGUAGCCUUUGAAAAGGUUCAAGACAUGCUAGAGGAAGAUCAUCAAAUAAUGGUGUUCGUUCACUCGAGAAGAGACACGCUUCUUACCGCCAAGAUGCUUUAUCAGAAAGCUUCUGAUCAAGCGGCGACGGACCUCUUCGACCCAGCAGGACAUCCAUACUAUGAGCAGGCCAUUAGAGACAUGAAGUCUUCGAGGGCACGCGAGCUUAGAGACCUCCUGCCAAAGGGACUGGGCAUACAUCAUGCUGGAUUGACUCGCUCGGAUAGAAAUCUCAUGGAAAAUCUGUUCGCCAAGGGCGUUAUCAAGGUACUCUGCUGUACAGCAACCCUUGCAUGGGGUGUCAAUUUACCAGCUGCUGCGGUCAUUAUCAAGGGAACACAGGUUUACAAUGCCCAAGAGGGUAAAUUCGUGGACCUAGGUAUUCUUGAUGUGCUUCAAAUCUUUGGUCGUGCUGGACGACCACAGUUCGAGGAUGUGGGUAUUGGCAUGAUCUGCACAACUAUCGACAGGUUACCACAUUACCUGCAAUCAGUUACUUCACAGCAACCCAUCGAGUCCAAAUUCUCUUCGAAAUUAGUUGACAAUUUGAAUGCCGAGAUUGCGCUAGGCACCGUGACUUCUAUCCCGGAAGCCGUGCAAUGGAUCGGAUAUUCCUACCUAUUUGUUCGUAUGCAGAGAAACCCCAUAUCUUACGGAAUCGAAUGGGCCGAGAUUCGAGAUGACCCAACACUUGUUCAAAGGCGACGACAACUUGCUAUUCAGGCAGCCAAGACUUUGCAACUAAGCCAAAUGGUCAUAUUCAACGAGACAACCGAGGAGCUAAGAAGCAAGGAUAUCGGUCGCAUUGCUAGUCAGUAUUACAUCCAGCAGACAAGCAUACAGAUAUUCAACAAGAGGAUGCGACCCCACUCAACGGAAGCAGAUAUAUUGAAGAUGAUCAGCGAGAGCGGAGAGUUCGAUAACAUCCAAUCUCGAGAAAAUGAAGCUAAAGAAUUAACUAGGCUAAGGGAUGAAGUCACUUUUUGUGAUAUUGGCAGUGGAAUUGAUACCCCCCAGGGAAAGACCAAUAUUCUCUUGCAAACUUAUAUCUCUCGGGCUCAACCUGAGGACUUUACGCUCGGGAAUGAUCUUAACUACGUGGCCCAGCAAUCUGGCCGGAUUUGUCGUGCACUUUUUAUGAUUGCGCUAAACAGACGAUGGGGUCACCAAUGCUUGGUCUUGCUUACCCUCUCAAAGUCCAUCGAGAGGCGCAUUUGGCCUUUUCAACACCCGCUCCAUCAAUUUGAGCUACCUAAGUCAGUGCUCAAUCAGAUUGAUGCGAAAGAAACUCUAACCAUUGAGGUUCUACGCGAUAUGGAUACAGCCGAAAUCGGUAGCUUGGUGCACAACGACAAUGCUGGUAAGAAGAUAGCUAGGAUUAUCGAGAAUUUCCCAACCGUAUCUAUCGACGCGGAGAUAGCUCCUUUGAAUCGAGAUGUAUUGAGGAUUAAGCUUUAUAUCACGCCGGACUUCAGGUGGAACGACCAAAUGCAUGGCACAUCUGAGUCGUUCUAUGUCUGGGUUGAAAAUUCCGAAACUUCUGAAAUUUAUCAUCAUGAAUUUUUCAUCCUUAACCGAAGGAAGCUCUACGACGACCACGAACUCAACCUCACGAUCCCCCUAUCAGACCCCCUGCCCAACCAAAUCUACGUCAGGGCCGUGUCGGAUAAGUGGUUGGGGGCAGAGACCGUCAAUCCCGUUUCUUUCCAGCAUCUCAUUCGACCAGAUACAGAGAGCGUCUAUACAGACUUACUCAAUCUGCAACCUCUGCCCAUCAGUGCUCUCAAAAAUCCCGGACUGGAAGAAGUUUAUGCGAAGAGAUUCCAGUUCUUUAAUCCUAUGCAAACGCAGAUCUUCCAUACGCUUUACCAUACGCCAGCCAAUGUCCUUCUAGGAUCACCCACUGGUAGUGGGAAAACCGUCGCUGCAGAAUUGGCUAUGUGGUGGGCAUUCCGAGAGCGACCGGGUUCUAAAGUGGUAUAUAUUGCCCCAAUGAAAGCUUUGGUUCGUGAGCGAGUUAAAGAUUGGGGCGCUCGACUUUCUGGGCCCCUGGGCCUUAAGCUGGUUGAGUUGACAGGCGACAAUACGCCAGACACCAGGACUAUCAAGGACGCCGAUAUCAUCAUUACAACACCCGAGAAGUGGGACGGUAUCUCCCGUAGUUGGCAAACUAGAGGAUAUGUUCGUCAAGUUGCACUUGUCAUCAUUGAUGAAAUCCAUUUGCUUGCCGGAGAUCGAGGUCCGAUUCUUGAAAUCAUUGUGUCCCGUAUGAACUACAUUGCUCAAUCAACCGAGAAAUCUGUCAGACUUCUCGGGAUGUCUACUGCCUGCGCAAAUGCGACAGAUCUUGGCAAUUGGCUUGGAGUCAAGGAGGGUCUAUUCAACUUCCGACACUCCGUACGACCUGUACCAUUGGAACUGUACAUCGACGGAUUUCCGGAAGUGAGGGGAUUCUGCCCAUUGAUGCAAUCCAUGAACCGACCAACUUUUCUAGCCGUCAAAACCCAUAGUCCCGACAAGCCUGUGAUCGUCUUCGUACCAUCGCGACGACAGACUAGACUGACCGCGAAAGAUUUGAUCAACUAUUGUGGCAUGGAAGACAAUCCUAGGCGCUUUGUCAACAUGUCAGAAGAUGAUCUCCAGCUUAAUCUUGCCAGGGUUAAAGAUGAUGCACUUAAAGAAGCGAUAAAUUUCGGUAUCGGACUUCACCAUGCUGGUCUUGUCGAAUCCGAUCGUCAACUAGCCGAAGAGCUAUUCCUGCACAACAAGAUCCAGAUUCUGAUUGCAACAAGUACAUUGGCUUGGGGUGUUAAUCUUCCGGCUCACCUGGUGGUUGUCAAGGGUACACAGUUUUAUGAUGCAAAGAUUGAAGGGUACAAAGACAUGGAUUUAACAGAUGUCCUGCAAAUGCUGGGUCGGGCUGGUCGUCCACAAUUCGACAACUCUGGUGUUGCACGCAUCUUCACUCAGGACGCAAAGAAGGAUUUCUAUAAACAUUUCCUACAUACUGGUUUCCCUGUUGAAUCGUCUCUACAUACAGUUCUCGACAACCAUUUGUGUGCAGAAGUAUCGGCGGAAACAAUUACGACUAAGCAAGAUGCUCUUGACUACUUGACCUGGACUUUCUUCUUCCGCCGACUACACAAGAACCCUUCGUACUAUGGACUUGAGGUCUCCGCUGAAGAGCAUAACACAAUGGCUGCUCAGCAACUUGCGAAUGAUUUUAUGAUCGACAUGGUAAACAAAUCCUUGGACGAACUUGAUACUUCGAAGUGUGUCGAGAUCUAUCCUAAUGGUGAUGUGGACCCAACUCCCCUAGGCAAGAUCAUGAGUUAUUACUAUCUCUCACACAAGACGAUCCGUCAUCUUGUCAAGCAUGCAAAGCCACAAGCAACUUUCUUAGACGUCCUAUCCUGGAUGUCUCGUGCAAUAGAAUACGACGAACUUCCCGUCCGGCACAACGAGGAUCUCAUCAACGCAGAACUGUCGAAAAACCUCCCAUUCGAUGGCAAUGCAUUUGGAUUGCCGAUGUGGGACCCCCACGUCAAGGCCUUCCUCCUACUCCAGGCGCACAUGGCACGCAUUGAUCUUCCCAUCACGGAUUACGUCGGCGACCAGACCAGCGUCUUAGACCAAGCUAUCCGUAUCAUUCAAGCAUCCAUUGACGUUCUCACCGAAUUAGGCUACUUGUCUAGCUGCCUCGAAAUGAUCAAACUCCUCCAAUGCAUCAAAUCCGCUCGUUGGCCUCAAGACGCGCCCCUAUCUAUCCUUCCUGGAACCAAUCCCGACAGCCUCAAAGACAACCAGACAACACUUCAGAAAUUGAGCGCCCUCCCGAAACCACAAGUCGACGAUCUAGCCCGCAAGCUAAACGUCCCAAGCUCCCAACAGGCCCGCUUCACACGCGCGGCCGCUAUCCUUCCUAACGUCAGCGUCCGAAUCGAGGACGUGAAAGCGCAGUCUCUCGUCGUUUCCAUGAAACGUCUGAAUCCAAUUACCGAGCGGGAGGCUCGCGUUUACGCACCCAGAUACCCCAAGCCCCAAAACGAGGGCUGGUUCGUCGUCGUGUGCGAUGUCGCUAAGGACGAAGUAAUCGGCGUCAAGCGCGUAUCUUGGAGCCAAAAGGGGCCCAAUUCCAAUAAAUCCAACAACGCCCAGCAAAAUGCGGGUGUUCAAGUUGGUUCGAGACCGACGGCUAAGACGGUGCUUAAGUUGCCUGAGCCGGAUAGGGGAGGUGGUGCGAGAAAGGUCGACGUCUUAGUCUUGAGUGAUGCGUAUAUCGGUUUGGAGUAUCGGGUCAUGGGCGUAGAGAUACCGGCGUUGCCGACGGUGGAUGAUGAUGUGGAUAAGUCUAAGGGGAAGGGGAAGCAGAGGGAACAGGGGCAGGGGCAGGGGCAGGGUAGUGCGGCGUGAUUAAGUUAUAGGACAAAUUUUGGAUUGAGAUGAGGAAUGAGGAUAUCCAUGAAUAAAUGAUGAAUACGACCCGCGAAUAUCAUGCUGUAGCUGCGAAGGCAUAUAUACUAGGUAUGUAUUGGGG